GCACCUGGCGACCCCGUCCUCCGAAAUAGACGGCGCUGGCCUGGUCGCCAGCAGCUUCUUCGGGGUCCGAGCCAAUACGGCCACCCAGACGUUCGAGAAGAGGUUCACCUCCAUCGAUUACAAGGUGAAGCGGCAGAAACUCCACCGCGAGGACAUCCGCGACCUGACCGAGCUGACCACUGCGCGCAUGGAGAUCUACCAGCUCGUAGGCACCCUCCUGCUUGCCUUCUGCAUGGGCUGGUACACGGACAGCUCCGUCUGGGACCUGCCG